AUGAUUCAUAAUGCCAAUGAAGCGAAUCUCUCCCCAUCCUUAAAGGUUCUUAAAGGCUAUGUCCAUAUAAUUCAUUCAGUUGAAAAGGUUUCAGUUUUGGGCCUGGAGCAGUCCCAGUCCAGGGGGGGGCAUCCAAGUGGCCCGGGGAAGUGGAGGAAGAGUUAUAGGGAGUGGGAGAAAAGGAAGAAAGCUUCCUUCCCAAUCUCCGCGUCCGCUCCCAAGACCCAUAGGAGAGAGGCGCCCCUGGGGCCCCGAGUCGGCCCGGCCUCUUCCUCCCACAGGAUCGAAACCCCUGCCACCCCCCUGCUGCAGGUCCAGGGUCUAGGUCCAAGUCUGGAGGAAAGGACAGUCCAGACCUCCCAGCGCCCGGGCCGGGCCUCGCCUCGCACAGCCCUACUCCCCAGUGCGGUCAGUCCUCACGCCUCGUCCUGGGAGCAAAGAGGAGGCUCCCGGGGCGACCCCCGGGGCUUAGAAGGGGGAAGUCAGGACUUACCUGUCAUUACUUUCUACGCCAUCUUGAAUCCACUUGUCAACGUCCCCACAAAGCAUUAUGGGAAAGAAAAAGCCUUUAAAGUGACUCCCCCCCCAUCAUCUCCCUUCCCCCUUCCUCCAGCCGGCCUUCAUCAGCUUGGCCCUCUCCCCUCCCCCAGGUCGAACUCCCGCCCUCUCAGUUUCCACCGCCCCCUCGCCUCGGCCACGCCCCGAGCCGGAAAGUUUGGAGAGGGAGGGGCGUCCUCUAGCCUGCCCCAGAGGCUGCCUCUCGGCCUGAAAUUGUUCCUGUCCCGGGAUGCGGAGAUGCUGAGCGCCCUUCCCCCAUGGCUGGGGCCCGGAACAGGCCGUACUUAAUAAGUCAGUUAUAGGAUUUUCCUGCUCGGCAAUUUAGAAAAUUUGUUUAUUUAUUUAGAUACACUUCAAUAUGUAUUAUUACUAAAUUUUAAUAUUUUUAUUUGUUAUCAUAUACACUGACUCUUAAUAACCAAACUGCACUAAGCUUUGGAUGUGCAUGUGUGUACAGUAAUAAACACCUAAAUGCCAGCUAACUACUUAUUUAAGCUUUAAUAAUUUACAACUACCCUGAUUUUUUUGACCCUGUCUGUAUAUAGUAUUAAUAAAUAAACAUCUAAGUGAAUAUUUAAGCUCUAAUAACAGUUUACCACUGCUCUAGGACGUUUGGGACACACUGUAUAUGUGCAUAGUAGUAAUAAAUAUCUAAUUGCAAGAUUUCAUAGCUUAAAACUGCACUUAAACUUUUAGGACACCCUGUGUAUAUGUAGUAAUAAUAAAUAUCUAAGUGUGUAUUUAAGCUUUAAUAGCUUAA